AUGGCACCUUCACGCAUUCUCACUCUAGCAAACGAGAUCUUAGCAAACACAAAAGCACUUGAUGACUUCUUCACCCAAAACGACCUCGCACCCCCUUCUUUCGAAGAAGAUACUCCCUUAAUGUAUCAGUUCCCUCCUGAAAUAGCAGCCGCACAAGAAUCUCUCUCAGCAGCCCUCGACGAGCUCUCCUCUCUCAACAAAGGACCUAUCCAAACCAUCGUCUCCAACUCCUUCGCCGGCUCAAUCGGUCUCAAAACAAUCCUCAAGUACAACAUCCACAACCUCGUGCCCUUUGAAACAGGCACGACAUUCGCUGAGCUAGCCCAGAAAACAAACUUGCCAGUUAAGAAAUUGACGCGGCUGUUAAGACACGGGAUGACGGAUCACUUCUUCAGAGAGCCUGUGCCCGGUAGGGUCAAGCAUACGAUCGCGACGAAAGCGUUGGUGCUCAUGCCGAUUCUGGGCACGUGGGCCGAGAUGGGGAUGUAUGAGGUUGGGCCUGCUAAGAUGAAUGUGGUCGAUGCCCUUUCUAAAUGGCCAGACUCGGAAGAACCUGAACACUGCGGUUUCUCCCUAGCAAACUCCACUCCCCUCCCUAUGUUCGAGUUUUUCUCCCAACAUCCCCCCCGCAUGACACGCUUCAAAUCCGCCAUGCAAUUCCUACAAACCUUCCCCGGGUUAGAGACCUCCUACAUCCUAUCCAACUUCCCCUGGUCCACUCUCGGCCCCGCAACCGUCGUCGACGUCGGCGGCUCUCACGGCUUCGUCGCUCUCGAUCUCGCUAAAACCUUCCCAAAUCUCUCACUCAUCGUGCAAGAUCUACCAUCUGUGAUUGAAGACGCGAAAGUCAAUGUACAGGCAACUGAGAGGGUGACGUUUAUGGCGCAUGACUUUUUCGAGGAACAACCGGUCAAGAACGCGGAUGUGUAUUACUUCCGCUGGAUCUUGCAUGAUUGGUCGGAUAGGUAUUGCGUUAAGAUCUUGAAAGCGCUCAUUCCGGCACUUAAGAAGGGGGCGAGGGUGGUGUUGAGUGAGAGGUGUUUGGAACCGCCGUGGAUUUCGGAUAUCACGAUGAUGGCUACGUCGAAUUCGCAGGAGAGGGAUGAGGGGGAUUGGGUGGAGUUGUUUGGCGUUGCGGAUGAGAGGUUUGAGGUAGAGGAGAUUAAGAGGAUGGAGGGGGCGAAGUUGGAGUUGAUUAUUGUGAGGUGGGAUUGA